UCCGUAAUGGUUGCGGAGGUAAAAACAGGUAACAAAACAACUUAGCACCUUCAACAAGGCUGGUUGGAAUAACAUAAUGACUCAACUUCAGAACAAAGUAGGUUGGCCUUUUAAUUAAGAUGUUACAACUUUGAAACAAAAUGAAUAAACUAAGAAAUGAUUAUGGUAGUUUCAAAAAGUUGAUGGAAACAUCUGGCUUCGGAUGGAAUCCAGUGACAAAGACUUGCACUGUAGAGGACGAUGGCGUCUGGGAGAGACACAUAAAGAUGAUAUUUGGGGAUUCCUAUGCAUGUGGAGAUGGAGAUGUUGGUAACGCUGAGGAUCAUGUGACAUUUGGUGAAGACGAUGACUUGGAGGUUGACCCAUCUCUUGGGGCUGGGGGAUUGGCAUCCCCUGAAGUUGGGGAUGUUAAAGGAAGUAUCCCAACUAAUACCCACAGCUUGAUAAGACCCCUAAUGCCCUUAGGAAGAGGAGGAGGUCUACGGAUCUUGCAAGGGCCAUAAGUACCAUGUGUGAUGUAUCUUUAGCUAGACUUGAGAGGUACACUUCCUUCUCAUUUCCAUCUCCUCAAUCAAUGAGUAAUGACUAUGGUGUGAAUCAUUGCAUUACUGUGCUUGAGAGUAUUCCGGAUCUUGAUGAAAAUUUGUAUAUGAAGGCUAUCACAAAGAUAACAGGAAAUGUUGAAUGGAGGGAGGCUUUCAUUUCUAUUCCAUUGGAGAAGAAGAUGUGGCUACUACGACGUCUGGAUUGUUAUGUUCUGUUGACAUUUACUACGACUGAUGGAUGAUUUAAGUUUUUUUUUUUUGUUUUAUA